UUAAGCAAUUGAGCUUAUUUGCGAUUUAUUUAUUUUUCGCUUUUGUGCUUUUUGUUUUUGUAAAUAAUCAUCACAACAAUCGCUUAUGUGCUCUCAGCGCUCAAACUGAAUCGCAACGAUCUGCCAUAUGUGGUCAAAAUUAGUCGCAAAAAAUUUUGAAAUGAUUAAAACAAAAACAAAAAAAGGCAGCAGUAGUUAUGAGAAAACGAAUAUGUUGGUGAAAAAGCCCACAGGCCGCCAAGAGGCGCGCACCGCACAAUAGCUAAAAGCUGAAACGGCAAAAUCAGCAAAUCUCAAGCGAAUUACGAAUAGUAUCUGAUCUAUCUUUGUAUCUGUCGGUUGGUUGGUUGGCUGGCUAGCUAGCUACAUACUUGUAGUUGUUCCGGUCAGAUUUUCAGUUGUCCGUUGGAGCUAUUGUAUAAACCGCGAGUGAAGCGUACGCUAAUCGAGCGAUGUGCAGCUAUAACCUUAAUAGUAUAUAAUAUUUCCAAAAAGUAAUUAUAAAAAAUAUUUAUAAUUAAUAUACAAAAAGUGUCAUCGACGCAACCAACAAUAAUAGCAACUAAACACCAGUGAAGCUUGAAAAUAAAACAACAAAUUAACAAUUAAGCUUCCAGCAACUGCAGUCUACAGCACAAACAGCAACAGUAAAAUUUGCUUUUACAACAACAGUAACAAGCAAAUCGAACGUCAGCAGCAGCGUAACCGUUUUUGCAGAAAAUUAUCUACCGGUGUUGAGCGUGCUACGGAAAAAUAUACAAAUAAGUCUAGAAGAAUUCUUAGCCUCAGCACCAAUAUAUUUUCAUCGUUUUGUAAUCGGAAGAAAAUAAUGUUUGUGACUUGUACGGCACGCUGAGGGAUUCUAUGGAAAGGGCAACAACAAACAUUGAGAAUUUACUAGCGGAAGAGUUCAACAGCAGCUUAGUUUUAUACAAGUGUUAUUUAAGCGGUUAAAUUACUAAAACGGCACGACUUUCGUUCAACUCGAACCCAAUCAAACACCAAGAAACACGUACAAACAUACACAUUGAAGAUACUCACCACGCAUCAACAAUUCAGCGUCAAAACAGUAACGCGUUACACCAAGUGAUAACCAUAAAAAAGUGUAAAAAUGGGUAAAGAUUAUUAUAAAACACUGGGUAUACCGAAAACUGCCACCGACGAGGAGAUUAAGAAGGCCUACAGAAAAUUAGCGCUACGCUAUCAUCCGGACAAAAAUAAAGCCUCAAAUGCGGAGGAGAAAUUCAAGGAGGUGGCCGAGGCGUACGAAGUGCUCUCCGAUAAGAGUAAACGUGAGGUGUACGAUAAAUAUGGCGAAGAGGGUCUGAAGAGUGGAGGCACUCGUAACGGCACCACCGGCAAUAAUACCUUCACAUAUCAGUUCCAUGGUGAUCCACGGGCGACCUUCGCCCAAUUCUUCGGCUCGAGCAAUCCCUUUGCGUCAUUCUUCGAUAUGGGCGAUAAUCUAUUCGAUAAGAAUGUGUUCGAUUUAGAUACCGAACAUGAUUUCUUCUCAUCGCCAUUUGGUGGUUUGGGUUCACGGCAUGGACUAGGCGGUGGAUUCAGGCCUUCAUUUAGAUCACAUUCGUUCAAUGUGCAUACGCCAUUCAAAAAGGAGAAACAACAAGAUCCACCUGUCGAACAUGAUCUCUAUCUAACAUUGGAUGAAAUCUACAAAGGUUGUGUGAAAAAGAUGAAAAUAUCACGAAGAAUUGUACAAGCGGACGGUUCGUCCAGGAAAGAGGACAAAUAUGUAAGCAUAUCGAUUAAACCGGGCUGGAAAUCUGGUACAAAGGUGACAUUUCAAAAGGAAGGCGAUCAAGCCCCCGGCAAGAUACCAGCGGAUAUUGUAUUCAUCAUUAGGGAUAAACCACAUGCGAUGUUUAAGCGAGAAGGCAGUGACUUGAGAUACACGGCGCGCCUAACGCUCAAGCAGGCUCUCUGCGGUGUGAUCUUCCAAGUUCCUACAAUGUCCGGCGAUCGUUUGCGCAUCAGCACCGUGAUGGAAAUCAUCAAACCGAAUACGGUGAAACGUAUACAAGGCUACGGCUUGCCCUUCCCUAAGGACCCAUCGCGAAAGGGUGAUCUUUUGGUGGCGUUCGAUAUACAAUUCCCGGAAAAGUUGACCUUCGAACAAAAGGAAUUGCUCAAGGACUUGUUGACAUGAGAGUGCAAUAAUACUAGUAAGCAGAGUUAAAGAAACAGUAGCAGUGAGCUAGAGCGUAGAAAUGAGUGCGCAGAGUCUGUAUAUAUAUAUAUAUAUAUGUAUAUGUGUACGAAUGAGGCAAAUGAGUGAACAGAAACAAUAGAAAUAAAGAAUUACUUAUAUAAUAGGAACAACUGCAGCUGAUACCCCACAUACAUACAUUUACAUCGCCAUACGAGAGUGAAUCUUUUUGCAGACACCAUUACAACAAAGAGGCAGUGCGUAAAAUUUGCCAGUAUCACUAACAUUUACUGCCCAAAAGAGAAAAAAACAAAAAACUCUCGCUCUCUCUACCAUCUAUCAACCGUCUGCUUUGUCGUUUUUUUCCGAUCAACAAACUCUUUCUUCACUCUCUAAACUUUUUUGUUUUGUGACAAAUUACUUUUACUGUCUAGAAUUUAUUUAAAUUAAAACGGAAAAUAAAUAAUUUUUGUGUAAAGCAACUAAAAUUACAUUAAAUGCAACAUCUCUACGUCCUCUA